UUGCGAAGCACCGAUAACAUUACGAUCAUACCUCAGGGCAGCAGUGUCGGCUUACUCCUUGGACAAGUUAGACGGGACCUCACGACACCGGCCGCAAUGGGGGUUGGCGAAGCGGACACACGUGAGACGAUGCACCGGUACUGGGAAUAUUUCAACCCGUCCAUGGAGAGCAUGAUGCUGGACCCCAGGGCCCACAUCCUCAACGAAGACGAAAACUCCGAGAUCCUUUCCUUCUUGCCAGACAUCACGGGAAAAAGCGUCCUCGAACUUGGAGCAGGAAUAGGGAGGUUCACGGGGAAACUGGCUGCCAGGGCCGGUCACGUAACAGCUGUUGACUUCAUGGCGUCGUAUGUGGAACAUAACCGACAGAGGAACGGCCAUAUGCCCAACAUCGAGUUCCAUCAAGCGGAUGUUGUGGUGCUGGAGCUCCCCGCGAAACGCUUCGACAUUGUAUUCAGCAACUGGUUAUGCAUGUACCUCAACGACCAGGAAUGCAAGCAGCUCUUCGAAAAGAUCCUAGGCUGGCUCAAGGACGACGGCCAAGUAUUCCUGAGGGAGUCAUGCUACAAGCCUUCAGGAGAUACCAAGAGAUCGACAAAUCCUACUUACUACCGCAGCCCCGCACAGUACUAUGACAUGAUCCGAGCAAGUCAUCUCCAUGAAGGCGAUACUACGUUUCUCUUCGUCAUGAACAAAGUGGCGAACGUAAGAGCGUACAUCAAG